AUGAGCCCUCAGGAUCAGAUCACAGGCAGGUCCGUUUCACCAUGGAGCAAGUACAGAGCCAAGGGUUAUGGAAGAGAAAUCCUAGGAAAAACAAAUUGGAGGGGGUACGAGGAAGACCUUAGGAGUCGACUCAAGGAAGCACCCACUAGAUUCCACACAAAAGAAAAUUUGGAAACGGCGGCAGACUACUUGAGUGAAGCCAUUAAAUACUCAUACGAGAUGAACUGCCCAUUAGAGUCAAAGAAUCCUUCAGCCAAAGCAUCAUGGUGGAGCAAAGAGCUGGCUAAGCUAAGGGCUGAGGGAGAAGACUUUAAUAGGGCUAGAAAUGUAAAUACACCGAGAACCUGGGAGGAGUACAGGAAAUCUCAGAGAAUUUACAAAAAGGCCAUAGUAAAGCUAAAAAGGAAAGGAUGGAGAAGUUUUUGCUCAAGUACACAGAAACUGCGGAGGAGACCCUACGGCACCUCGGAAAUCCAUUUCCAGGCUUUAGAGAGGACUCAGCAGACAACAACACAGGCAGAGACCAUGACCGUGCACAAAUCAAGGGCAUGGGGACUGGCAGCUAAAGUAGCCUAUCCGCAAGCAGUGGAAUGGGCGGUCGGUUCCUUCGAGCCUUUAAAGGCUCCAGGACCUGAUGGAAUAUACCCGAUCCUGCUGCAGAAAGGGCUGAGCAGCUUGUUAGGCCCAAUGACAAAAAUCUACAGGGCAACCGACUCUCAGUACGCUUACAGGGAGGGCAGGUCUACCGAAACCGCCCUACAUCACCUGAUAGGCAAAGUUGAGAGUCAGCUGGAGGCAAAGGGCUAUGCGAUUGGAAUCUUCCUGGACAUCGAAGGCGCUUUCGAUAGCACUUCACACGAGGUGGUAGGGGAAGCACUGAUCAGACAUGGAGUACAAGAACCACUGGUGGACUGGAUAGAAGACAUGCUAGUGGACAGAUGCUUGACGGUGGAGUGCCAAGAUAUCUCCAUCAAGGAAAACCAACGAGAGGCUGCCCACAGGGGGAGUUUAUCUCCUCUGUUGUGGUGUCUAGUGAUAGACGACCUGCUAAAGGAGCUACAGAGGAAAGGUUCUCGACUUUGGCUAUGCUGA